GUAACGAGUUGAGUCGGCGAUCGGCUAGGAGUGAGUUGAGUGGCUUCAAUAGCUGAUAAUAGAGGUGCCAGCGGAAGCGAUCGUGUGACAGUGGGGUGUUGAUGGUUUUUGUUAGUGACAGAAACACGUGAAGAGUGUGCGGGUGGUGAUUGGAUUGUCCGGACCGAAAGUGAUCCUCCUCUGGGGGCGAUAAAAUUGCGCAAAAAUAUUGAUUUGCGAAGUACGGCCGUCUCACUCGGGCGAAUUCUCGCGCACACACACGCACACAAUCGCGCUGCACCGAGGCGCCUGUGUGUUUGUCACCACCAGUGACGUGACUGGCCACUGGUGUUGGAUUGUUUUGUCUAGCCAGUCUGCGUGUACGUAUAUGGCGGGGUCGAGUCCGACUGGUGCCGGUAUUGGUGUGGACCCGUCCGCGCGUCUGGUUGUGUGUUUGGCGAAUCUUUGCAGCAACAGUGGUGGUGGUGUGUAAAUACAUCGCUUAGCAUAAUAUAGCGAAAAAUUCUCUUUCGAAAGGUUCAUCACUCGGCAGACAUGUUUUGUUAGACAAACGUGAAGGUUCUGUUUUGUGUCGCGCGCGCAAGAUGGCAAGAAAUGAAUCUUGUUUGUCGUGAAGUGGUGUGAGAAAAGAGCAACGCAAAAAUAAAAGAAAAAAAAAUAAAACGAAUCGCGUACGGACGGACGGGAUGAGCAGAAAAUAGAUUCAAUGCAGUGAUUUUCAGAUUCAGCGAAAAUUCCAUUGUAAAUAAGAUUGCAAAGUGCCACACACUGUGGGUGAGAUGUGAGAUUGAUUGAUCCCCCGAAGUGACUGCAGCAUGCAAGGUCACCAUCGUUGUUGGAAGCAAAUCGGCCGAGAACCAAACGCUUUUUAAGUUAUCAAAUUACGAAAAUGGCUCUGAGCGGCAGCAGCAGCGCAGAGUAUUUGGCAAAUGUUCCGCACCAAAAUUGAAGAAGUUUGCAGAAGGCCUCCUUCCUCGCAGGGUCAGUCCGGGAGCUCAUAAUCGGCCAGCAAACGACGACAACGACUCAAGGAACGGAUACGCCUACUAGCACAGGAGGAGGAGAGUGACAAAUAUAAAUAAAACGUUGCGUAAGUGCAGCUCCUCUUCUUUCGUGUGUUUUUUUCUGUUAUAUCGCGCCGUGUGUUGUGUUGUCGAAUUUCGGACCACCAUCAUUCGCAACUUUUUUUUUCGCUAUUCGCCUGCCCCGUCGAAUUGUGUACGAACGAAACGAACGGCCGGACGUGAACGGACGACUCCUGCAGCUUGUGCCGAGCAGCGGAAACGCAGGAAUCAUCGAGACGACGACGGCCACGCGAGUGAACGCGAGAGCGGUCGCGGCGUGUAAAAAGUGGAGAAAGCAAAAAUUGAAGUAAUUUUAGUGCCAAUUAAAAUUAAAAGUUUGCAAGCCAGGCCAGGCCAGGCCAAGCAAGUACAACAACAACAACAACAACGAGAAACCGUGUAGUAGAAAAGGGGAAAAAGAUUCUUGGCACAUGGUUUCCGUUGGUUCGCUCGCUCCGUGUCUGGUCGGUGAUAAAUUUUUCACGAAUGCAUCUCACGGACUAGCUUGGCGGCGGCGGCGGCGGUUUUGAUUAACGCAACGAAAACAAAAAGAAGAGUUUGUGUGUUGAUACGACGUCACGUUUGCCUCGGGGGGUAUCCGACGUGGGAAUGUUGAAACGCGUCGUUCGGAUCUGGUCUACGUUAGGAUUGUGCUACUGCACCGUUACGGGGGCCCAAACGGAAGAACAUGACCUGAAGAUGUGCCGGUGAACAGGUGCAACGCAAUCGAUCGGUUAGUUUUGGCUGGGCAGUGUGGAUUGUGCAAGCUCGUGUUGAGGCUAUUCCGAUCAGCAAAAAAAGGAAGAGGUGAUUUCCCCGAUUGCAAACAGAAGCGAGAGUGCAAAAAGUGUCCCCACGAUCGGUAAUAGCUUCCAGAAGGUUCAUCGCCAGUGUGUGUGUAUGUGUGUGUAGAAUUUUCGGAAUCAUCCGGAAAUGGGCGGUGAAAAGUGAACCUCGAAAAGUAUCGAGCACCGUGGUUAGCCGGGCCCGAAAAUGUCCGCCCGUUGUGGCUAGUUUCGUCUAAUUGGAAUAUUGCCGUAACAGUGUGCAAGUGUGUGCUCCAUAAAAAAAAUUAUGGAAGAGUCUGAAUCGUAAAGCAAUAUUAUAAAAUAGCAAAAUAGGCUAGAGUGUGUCUAUGCAAAAAAAAAAGAAGGAAAAUAUAUUAAAAAAUCUAUUUAUAAUUGCGAGAGGUUAGCUAUUUCCCUCCACUCGACCUGGCCACUGUAUUCUUCGCUGGGAAAACAUUUCAAGAAAGAAACGAUCCGUACGGACGACGUCCGACGGCGGGAAAAUCUGCGAAAAUGACGGAAUAUGUGCCGCCGCAGCUGAUCACAGUGCUGAAAACAUACCAGGAUAAUGCACCGAAGAGUUUGCACGGUCCCGGAUUGUCGCUGGUCCAUCCCAGCAAGGGUGGACAACGGCCGGAGAGCCCCGAACAUGGCGAUGAGGAGUUGAUUGUGCAACCCAUUGUAGGACCCCUGCCGAUACCGUCGCAUCCCAUAAUGACCACACCCGAUCCGGAUUGCGGCGUGGUGCAGCUUACGAUGCUGGAGGGCAAAAAGAUCGGCUGCUUUCUGCUGGGUGGCGAAAUGCGGCUUUGUUUGCCGCAGAUCUUCAACAACAUUUUGAUGGAAUUCUCGGUGGAGCAGAUCAACCGAAGCAUCCAGGAACUGAUGGUCUACCUGUACAAUUGUACCGAUCAGCAGCUGCAGGAGUUCAAGCGAGCCAACAUUAUCCCCGACACGGCCAAAACGUGUGGGCUGAUCACCCGAACGAACGCGGAAAGGCUCUGCAGCUAUAUGCUGCACCAGGCGGACGGCACCCGGAAUCUGAAGGGAGCCACCACCUUUCGGGUGUACCACCGAUGCUUCGGGAAGUGUGAAGGUAUUUUCACGGCCGAGCUGUACUCCUUCAAGGAGCCCGCCUGCAUCGAGUGCUGUGAGUGUCAGGGGAUGUUUUCGCCGCAGAAGUUUGUCUGUCAUCAGCACGAUCGGCACGAGAAUCGAACCUGCCACUGGGGCUUCAAUUCGAGCAAUUGGCGCGCGUAUAUACACGUGGCGCUGGACGAACCGAAUCGGGACGCGUACGCGAAAAUUUUGGAGGAAAUCUGGAACCAGGAGCGGGACACGGAGAUGGAGCUGGAGUUGGAGCGAGAAUAUUGGAUCGCCAAAAGAAAGGUCAUCGACGAAAGUACGGGCCUGGUGACGAUCAAAACGGAGCCGCUCGGCGACAUUCCAAUGAAGAAGCCAAAGCUAAUCAACGAAGCCACCCUGUACCAGUAUAGCCGGCAGCCCAGCUCAGCAUUUCGUCCGUGGACGCAAAAAGCACAAAAAUAUGCACAACAGCAACUUCUCCUGCAGCACAUGGCGUUCAACGGAAACGGGAUCAUAAACGGAUCGGUGGGAGGGGUCGGUUCUCCCGGAGGAAUAUUAGCGCUCAGCCAAGAGCCUCCCGUGCUUCAGAAUCCGGAAAGUGUGGUGCGACUGUCGGAGAGUGAUAAGUUCGAGCGAAGUUUCCAGCCAAAUGUUGCCCUCGUCCCGCGGAAAACAGUGCUCUGCAAGGAACGUGAACGAGAACGUGAGCGCGAAAGAUUGUCCUCGGACAAGGAACGAUCGGUGAUCAAGUGCGAUGUACAAAUUAAGCAAGAAAGCCCACCCACACCACCGGCUGACAUGAUCCGAUCGGUGAUAAAGUGCGAUGUGAAGAUCAAACAGGAGCAACCACCGACGCCACCGCCACCCGAGCUGUCUCCCGGUCCACAAGUACCUUCCGCACCGCAAUCACCUUUACUCCCUCCAGUGGGCGCUCAAUUCUUGGUCGGUGGUCUAAUCAAGUCCGUUCCAUUGCCAUACAGUCCGGUCACUGAUGUGCACUCUGGAUCAAACGAAAUAACCUCAUCCACAUCACCAGUACCUCCCGCUGUCAUUAUGAACACCAUGAAUGGCUGCAUCAUCUCAGAGAAACCAAAGCUGCUGGUCAACGAGCAAAUUAGUCCACCAUCGCCACGUCGAACGCCCCUGCUAAACGAGGACCUGCACAACCAUCGAUCUCAUCUACCGUCGUCAGCUGUCAUACUGAAGAAUGGUGGAGACCCAGCGGCGAUGCCCGGAGCACCUAUCGUGGGAAAUCCCGAAUUCGAACUGUCCACCGAUACGGACGAUGACAGCCUGGCCGGUGAACCGGACAGCAGCAACAACUCGAUGGCACCACUCGACAUCAUCGGUGACGUUAUGAAGGAUGUCGCACACGAAACCCGAGACCAAAUACUAAAUAUAUUCAAACUUCUGAUACAGGAGACGGCACAAAUCCGGAACGAACACCUGAGGCUAUUGCAGGACCACAAGCAGAAAGACGAUUUGAUAGUGGAACUGCAGCGCGAUAGAGACGAACUGCAGCAGCAGGUGGCCCAGCUACAGCAGCAGCUAAAUCGAUCACUCAAAAUAGCCACAACGGAAGCGAGUGUACUGCAAAUGCAACAGCAACACCAGCAUGAAUUGGCAGCGGCCAGCGUCACCACCGUCAAUGGCUCUGCUCCUUCGUCCACUCCACCCUCACCGGUCUCGCUAGCUUCCAACAGUAGCAACAAUCAGCAGGUAGUGGUUGAGCGAAUAGAACGACGGAACAGUUUCCCGGAGAAAUCGGACGUCAUUAUGAAACCACUGAAGAAGUCACUCCGACGCAGCCCAGAUGAUUCUGUGCUUAUUUUGCAGUCUCCCCCUCCACCACCACCCCCUCCCUGCACGUUAGCGUUAUCUAUUCCAGCCAGUCUUUCAAUUACCGCCACCAGUUUGAAACCGGAUCCGAUUGGAUCUGGCGAAGAUGAGGACAAACCGCAGCAGCAGCAGCAGCAGUUACAGCAUCCAACAUCCAACCCUUCAGUACUGAACAGUGGCAGCAGCAGCACAAGUGGGGUGAUAGCUUCGCCCUCGCCACGACCACCAUCCAGGCCGACAUCGGCUGCUUCCACGGCGUCUAACGUAUCCACGAGUUCUCCGCAAUCCGUCGCAAUGGCGGCACUGGAAAACAGCUCCAGCUCUAAGGCCAGCUCCAAUGCCAAGGAUGCCAUCAAAUGUGCUAAUAACUGAUAGUUGAUCAUCUACCUUUGCUAAGAGGAACUGCUUCAUUUUCCAGCAGAGCAGACGGCGAUCGAUCGUCCACAAAAUCUUAUCCGUACUUGAACCGAUAAGUUAGUCGUCACACAUCGUGAUGUGAACUUUUCAAACUCAUUUGUCGAUAUUUAUCCCCGCCAAAAAAUAUGUUUUGCUACAUUUUUAGGUGAGGUAAUAAACCACUAGAUAUAAA